GUGUGUGUUGAGGGUUGGUUGAGGGCGACGUCAGGAACUCAGGAAAGAUGGCAUCCGGCGUGCUGAAGAGAGUGCUGAUAUGUGUUAUAUUCUUAUGUUCAUUAAAUUUGUCAGGCAUAGCAGCGAAAAGCAUGUUAAGAGAGCUAAAUGAAGACAACUGGGAUGAAAUGCUGACGAAAGAAUGGAUGGUUGAAUUUUAUGCGCCCUGGUGCCCUGCCUGCAAGGCCCUCCAACCUGCCUGGGAAGAAUUUUCAACAUGGAGUGAAGACCUUGGCAUAUCUAUUGGGCAGGUGGACGUGACAGCUUCACCAGGCCUCAGUGGGAGAUUCAUGGUGACUGCAUUGCCUACAAUUUUCCAUGUUCUAAAUGGAGAAUUCAGGCAGUACAGAGGUGCAAGGGAUAAAGAAGCCUUCAUUUCAUUUAUCGAAGAACAGAAAUGGAAAAAGAUUGAUCCAAUUCCCAGCUGGAAAAGCCCAGGCUCCUUUCAGAUGUCAGUUGUAUCCUACUUCUUCAAGUUGUCACAGGUUCUGAGGGCUCUCCAUAACAAGCUAAUGGAAGAUUAUGGACUCCCUACAUGGGGCUCAUAUUUAAUCUUUGCUGUAGCGACCAUCUUUCUUGGAGCAAUGUUGGGGCUGAUGCUUGUCUGCGUUAUUGAUUUCAUUUAUCCUCCAAAACCUUUAGUGGUAAAAACUGUGACAGUUGGUGAUGUUAAAAAAAAAGAUUUAAUUACACCUGAUAGCAAAGAUAGAACUAGUGGAGAUGAAAUGGAAGAAGAAGAUGAUGAUGAUGACGAUGACAUAAAAGAUGAUAUUGUGGAUGAUGACGAGGAGGAAGAGGAAGAAGAGGGAAUUGAAUCACAAUCCGACUCUGAUGUAAGAGAAGAAGGCAGCCCCAAUGUCCGAAAGCGCAAGCCACGUAAAGCUGACUAGGCUAUGAGUAACAUUUUGUGAUUUACUGUUCAUGGAGCUCUCUGGCUCCAAGAAUGCAGCGUGUAUUGUUGAGACAAUAUGUUACCACUAUGACCAUUCAUAAAAAGCAUUGUUGUUAAAAGGCUGUGUGCUGAAGAUUUUGCAAUAUUAGAGUGGGACUUUUUACGAUGUUCAGCAAGCUUCAUCACAGGCCUGUUAUCAGGUUUUUAAAGGAAGCAUUAAGACUGGCAUAGUAUGUAAUAAUUUGUUGUUGACAUAAUGUGAUAAAUUAUGGACCAGUCUCCUCAUAUCAUUUGAGUGAUCUGAUAAAAAGCAUGCAUUUUGAAACUGACAAGAAUUCAAAGUCCAAAUGUGCAACUACAAAAUCACUUCAGAAAUUCAUUUUUUGUGUGAUACAAUAAGUGAAAGAUAAUCACAAUGUGCUACUCCAGUCAUUUAUGAAUAGCAGGUCUAUGUAUUCUGCUCUUUUUUUCUUAAUGUGAAAGUUUCCAAUCUAAAACAAAUUUUGUCUCUUCAUGUAUGUAUCCUGCACCACAAUUCAGAUGCUUAUUUUUAUGUUUGCUUACAAGCAAAGGUUAUCACCCUGUGUGCAACGCAGACAGUCCAGAUUAUAAAGUAUAACACAGAGCUCUUUCUGCCUAUACGCGGGAUAAAAGUGUUUUCCACUAACUGCGGUGGAGCACUGAUCUCAAGCUGCAAAUUCUGAAUGAAUGUUUAAAAUUGCCUUAUAUGCUAAGGUUUCUGGUUGUGCAAGUAGGUACUGUGUGUGUGUGUGUGUGUGUGUGUGUGUGUGUGUGUGUGUGUGUGUGUGUGUGUGUGUGUGUGUGGACACGCGAGCAAUGCUUGUCAACAGAGUUGUGUAGGAUAUUUUUGUACUGAAGUUGAGAAAUUAUGUAGUUCUAUUAACUAUUGCUGUAAUUAAUGACUUGCGUUCGUAUAUGUUAUGAUCCAUAUAGAGGAGCCACUGAGUCGCAGACAGGCACAAUGAAAAAGAGUGAUAAAUUAUUAAAGGUAUUUGCACAAAGUUCUUCUGCAGAAGAAAGCAUAUACACAUUCAUACAAACACAACUGACACACAUGACCAGUCUCAGGGUGCUAGAGACCACCUUUGUCUAAAAGCUUUAAUAGUUUACCAGCCAUUUUCAUUGUUCCUGUCUGCAACUCGAUGCCUCCUCUGUAUGGUGAGUUGCAAUUUAUCCUUCGUGUAUUGUUGUCAUUCCAUCGUGGACUUUCCAUUGUUUGAUUAUGAUUGAUAGAGCUGAUACAGGAUCAUGGGAGACUGGAAGUGACCCAGUGAAUAAAACACUCCAAAUAAAAAUUAACAGAAAAUGAAUGAGGACAAAAAUAAUGUAAGAGAAAAACCUAUCAACUGAAUAAGUUAUAAUUAUAUGCAGUAACAGAUUUAUUUAAAAUUCAUCAAACAAUAACUAUCACUUUUGGUACAAUUUUUAAGGGUAGUUUAGUCUACUUUCUUGCAACAAAGUUUGGCAUUUAACAGCACCAUUGCCAGACAACUGCUUGAUAAGUAAAUUUGCAUUUGGAGUGAUCUUGCAGACCUCAUGAUACGGAUGAGAUGGUGCAUGGCAUUUGCUCGUGACAUUUAUUGCUAUUUGGGUGUGAUCACGCCUCACCUUCCCCCUCUGCUCUGGCUGUCUGCCUCCUGCGAUGCAGAAGUAUAUGCUAUAACAAUUUCUUUAUCCAUUGUAGUAAUGUGGUCAUUGUUGUGUUACAGUCACUGAUUGCUGGUUAUAUUUUUCCACAACUUCUUUCUAAUGUAAGAAAUUUAAAAUAACAAAUUUUUAGUCCAAAAUUGAUGUGAAUGAUAAAAUGCUUUAAGUGAGGGCAAAUAAAUGAGGUUGUACUGUGAAUUCUGUUUUGUUUGUGGACUGUUGAUAGAAGAAUUUGAUAAAUUUUUUGUGCAAAACAUAAUUUGUAAAUAAAUUAUGUCAUUACGGCAACAUUUGCUUGUGGUUUUAUCCACAUAUUUGCUAUCAAAGUGCCUCAUGGUUUUAGUAAAUGGUGCUGACAUAAAUAUUCAUUGAAGACUUAUGGGCCUCAAAUUGAAAUGCCUCAUCUUUCUGCAACCUUUAUUUCUUACUCAACUUCAUUUUGUCAUUUCCAGCUGAACUUUUCAUUUAUUCACAUUUGAAAACAUUCAUGCUAACUCAUGAUUUUAGCUUAAAAUAUUCUUUCUGUAUGUGUCCAUAAUCAUUGAAAUUAGCUUCUAAUUGUUAAGAACUAUAUUUUCUCAGUAUCAUUCUAGUCGAUAUUUUUAUUCAGUUGCAGUUACGCAUAAUUUGUGCCUCCCUGUAGUUGCCACAAAUAUUGUGUACCUUUUUAAUUCACCAGUUUCACAAAUUUUGAUAGAAUAAGUGCUUGCAAAUUGGAUUUUAAGUGUAUGCUGUGUGAUUUAUAUGGUGAGGGAAGGGCCAUUUCACAUUUUUGGACCAGAUUGCAGAUAUGGAUGAGGCCUCAUUUUGCUAGUUGCUUGGUGGACGUAAUUAUAAGGUUCUGUUUGUUGUUCCUGUAUCUGAAUUAUUAUUCUGAUUUUCACCACUUCAAGUAAUACUAAGGAAGGGAAUAAUUUUUUCUGUUGGUUUUU